GCCAGUUUCAGCAUUUGGUCGCAGUCCCAGCCAGGCAGCCAGCAGAAUGUCGGAUAAAGGAGCUUUCGAUACCAAUGUGGUGACCCUCACCAGGUUUGUUCUUGAAGAAGGGAGGAAGGCCCAAGGCACAGGAGAACUGACAACCCUGCUUAACUCCAUCUGCACCGCCGUCAAAGCAAUAUCUUCUGCAGUCAGAAAGGCUGGGAUUGCUAACCUAUAUGGGAUCGCUGGAAGCACUAAUGUGACUGGAGACCAGGUGAAGAAGCUGGACAUCCUGUCCAAUGACCUGGUGAUCAACAUGAUCAAGUCCUCUUUCACCUCCUGCGUCCUGGUCUCAGAGGAAGAUGAGAAAGCCAUUAUAGUGGAGCCAGAUAAGAGAGGGAAAUACAUUGUCUGCUUCGAUCCACUGGAUGGUUCUUCCAACAUUGACUGUCUUGUCUCCAUUGGGACAAUUUUUGCCAUCUACAGAAAGACAACAGAAGGGGAGCCUUGUGAGCAGGAUGCUUUACAGUCUGGCAGAAACAUCGUAGCGGCUGGUUACGCCCUGUACGGCAGUGCCACCAUGAUGGUCAUCUCCACCGGUCAGGGAGUGAAUGGCUUUAUGCUCGACCCUGCAAUUGGUGAGUUCAUUCUGGUGGAUCGAGAUUUGAAGAUCAAGAAGAAGGGUAAAAUUUACAGUUUGAACGAAGGAUAUGCACAGCAUUUCUAUCCAGAUGUGACAGAAUACCUUCAUAAGAAGAAACAUCCAGAGGAUGGUUCUGCACCAUAUGGCAGCAGAUAUAUCGGUUCAAUGGUGGCAGACGUUCAUCGGACGCUGGUGUAUGGAGGGAUCUUCUUAUAUCCCGCUAAUGUCAAGAGUCCGAAGGGCAAGUUGAGGCUGCUGUAUGAAUGCAACCCAAUGGCUUUCAUCAUGGAGCAGGCAGGAGGCAAGGCCACUACUGGGUCACAGAACAUUUUGGACAUCCAGCCCACCAAUAUCCAUCAGAGAGUCCCUGUAAUUUUGGGAUCCCCUGACGAUGUUCAAGAGUACAUUUCCAUCUACAAGAAGCAUAACAAAUGAGGUUAAAUCUGAAAUUUGGAAACAUACAAAACUGUCAAAACAGCCGUGAUCCAAAGUUUAUUCAUCAGGACAUCUGUUUUAUCUUAAAAACUCUGUGCUGCACUGAUAAAGUCAUCAGAACCUCCAAUCUAGUUAUGUACUCUCCUUAAACUGCUGUUGCCUUGUGCUGUUCUCAGAUAAAUACCCAGUAUUUUUUAAAUAAAAUAUGAAUGAAA